AUGGCAUCAAACUCAAUGUCUGCUUAUGGAUCUGGCUCAUGGACUGUUAAACAGAACAAAGCCUUUGAGCGUGCUCUAGCAACCUAUGACCAAGACACUCCUGACCGUUGGUACAAUGUUGCUAGAGCCGUUGGUGGGACAACACCAGAUGAAGCCAAGAGACAGUAUGACAUUCUCGUGCGUGACAUCGAAAGCAUUGAGAAUGGGCACGUGCCAUUCCCCAACUACAACAAGACUACUGGAGGCAGCACCAAAGGCAAGCUGCGUGAUGAGGAAAGAAGUGCUCCUCAGGCUUUGUGA